GUGGAAGCUGGUAGCGGCGGUGGCGGCGGUUGUGAUGACGAUGGCAGCGCUGGUGAUGACCAGAAGCUCAAUUUUUGCAUCAGGAGAUGCAGAGGGCAAGAACUCGAGGGGCUGGACUGAGUUAGAGCAGGAAGUAAGGAGAGGGAGAGUGCGUGGGAGCGCUAGGCACCAUGUGGCGCUGCGAGCGGACUCUUCGCUCUCUGACUUCUUCAAGGCUGCAAUGAAUGGUGACUUUCAGAGAAAGAGGAACGUCGAUUUGGCCACAGACGGUCUCCUGGGCCCCAGGCAGCUUGCGGCUCGGAGGCAUGCGAGAGAACAGUCGCUUGCUGAACGAAGCACUGCAAUGCCUGUCCAUGUGCAUGCCCCACACCAUGUGAUGAUGUCGCAGAAGCAUAUGGCUCACUCUAGGGAUCAUAUCGAUGCUGCCGGCGCUACCAGACGGGAGCAACUCCGUCAGAUCCAGAAGAGAAUCAGCAUCAAGUAUCCCAGCGAGGACAAGUUCGUGGCUACCUACAGAGGGUCACUUCCACGAGGGGAUGUGCCUGUGGAUGCCGUCAGCUUCGGGCCGUACGUUCCCCUCUGAGCUCAGUGACGCUCAGCUCAACAAGUUUCGUGAGUGAAACUUCGACUCCUGCUUCGUGCUUCUCCUUGUGAAAUAA